GCGAUAUAUUUCCUCGCGCUCCCCCAACCUCAUCCUGUUCCUCUUCACACCUUUCCAUCCAAACACUUCAUCCAACAUCAUCCUUCCUCACUCAAUUACCCUCCCAUCCUCCCCUCCCACACACACAUACACUCCCCCAAUCAUCAAGAUGGGAAAGACCAAAGCAGUCAAGACUGGCAGCAGCAAGGCCAAGUCUGAGGUCAAACCAAUUUCAAAAGUCAAGAAUGCAGCAAUCACUAAACCUUCUCAGACUCCAAUUGCCAAAUCCAAGGCUAUCGCCAAAGAGGCAAAGAAGUCCAAGAAGGCUGUCAAGGAGCCAACUCCAUCCUCAUCUGAGAGCGAGUCUGGUUCCGACAGCGACUCUUCCGCUUCUGAAACCGAGGAGGAGGUUGUCGCAAAGCCAGUCGCUAACGGCAAGACCAAUGGUAAAGCUAAUGGCAAGGCAGUUGUUGCAAAGAAGGUAGCUAAGUCCGAUUCCGAUUCUUCUGAUUCAUCAGACGAUGAUCCUGAAGCAUCCGAUUCUGACUCUACCUCUGCCCAGUCCGAAUCUGACAGUGACGAUUCAUCUUCUGGAAGCGACUCUGAGGAGGAGGCUAAACCUGUAGUCAAGAAAGUUGAGGCUACCAAGAAGGCUGUUAACGGUGCCGCAAAGGCUGUUGCCAAGAAGGCUGUAAGUUUUCUCACCAUACAUCACUCAAUGUUUCUCACACUAAUACUCAAUCAGGAGGACUCAUCUUCCGGUUCCGAUUCCGACGAUUCUGGUUCCGACUCUGAUUCCAGCGAAGCUGCCACACCUGCUGUCAAGGCCGAGAAGGACGAGUCUUCUGGUUCUGACUCUGAGUCUGGUUCCGAUUCCGACUCUAGCGAUUCCGACAGCGAGACCGAAGCUGCUCCAUCCAAGAAGCGCAAGGCUGAUAAUGAGCCAGAGGCAGCUACCAAGAAGGCUAAGACUGAGGUUGUUGAGGACACUGGAAGCAAGAACUUGUUCGUUGGUAACUUGAGCUGGAACAUUGACGAUGAGUGGUUGUACAGAGAGUUCGAGGAGUUCGGAACCAUCACCCGUGCCAACGUUCUUACUGACAGAGAGUCUGGCCGCUCCAAGGGUUUCGGUUACGUUGAGUUCGACAACUCUGCCUCGGCCGCCGCUGCUCUCAAGGCUAAGAAAGGUGCUAUGAUCGAUGGCCGUGAGGCUAACGUCGACUUCUCUACACCACGAAACAACGAUGCUCCUCGCGACCGUGCUGACAACCGAGCCAAGUCAUUCGGUGACUCAACUAACCCACCAUCUGACACUCUCUUCGUUGGUAACUUGUCAUUCGAUGCUGACCAAGACACUGUCGGAGAGGCAUUUGGAGAGCAUGGAACUGUUGUUAACGUCAGACUUCCAACUGAUAUGUAAGCACUCAAUCACAUCGUGGCAUUUAUUUAUACUAAUAUCCUCCAGGGACUCUGGCAACCCUAAGGGAUUCGGAUAUGUUACAUUCGACUCUAUUGACGGAGCCAAGGCUGCUUUCGAGGCCAUGAAGGGACAAGAUAUUGCCGGUCGUCCAGUCAGACUCGACUACGCUACUCCUAAGCCUGACAGAGGUGCUGGAGGUGGACGUGGUGGACGAGGCGGCUUUGGUGACCGUGGUGGUCGCGGAGGUGGACGAGGCGGUGGACGUGGAGGAUUUGGUGAUCGUGGUGGCCGUGGCGGCGGGCGCGGAGGUGGAAGAGGUGGUGCUCGCGGUGGCCGGUAAGCAUUUCUCUCGAUAUCAAAUCGUUGAACCUUUUCUGACUUGAAAAUAGUGGUGGAUCCACCAACCGUGGAGGCUUUGGAGAUUUCCAAGGCAAGAAGCAGACCUUCUAAGCGAAGGCUGUUUGUGGGUUGUCCCGUUUUGCCUCACUCUAGGUUGAUACUUCGCUAUCUUUCUAUGUCCCGUGGGUUGCUCGUUGGCUUUGUGGGUUGUGGGCUCUUUUGACUUCUCUGCUUCUAUAGCAGUUGUGGGCAUUGAGAUCAGACUUGUGGGCUUGAGACAUUACACAGUGGGCUUCGUUGGCUUGUGGCUGUCCCGAUAUUCCUUGAUAAUCAGGGGAUUUGAGCUUUUUUGA